AUGGAUCCUCUUGAAUUCUUUGACUACUUAGCUAAAAAUACGACUACAACAGCCGUAUCGACGCCACUGCAACACGAAAAUGAUUAUGUAGAAGAAUGGAAUGAAUUGCUUUUCCCUUUUAAACAAGAAAAGCAAAAUCUUCAGCAAAUCAUUGCUAAUCAACUUCAGGCGUUAAAAGAGCUUGAUGACACACAUGAAAAAGACAAUAUUGUACUCAAUGACAGAAUGUAUCAAAGUUAUGAUACACUAUCAGACGAUAUUCAUAAUCAUCAAAUACGUUUGAUGGCUGAAAAAGAGCAAUAUGAAAAAGAAAAGGUAUGGAUAACGAAAGUGCGUCGACAACAGGAUGAGAAAGUCAAGUUAAAUGUCGGAGGCCAGUUAUUUGAGACGUCCUUGUCGACAUUAAGGAAGGAUCCAAAUUCAAUAUUAGCCUAUAUGUUUGGAGAGCCAAAGACAGUAAAACCGGAUGCGGAUAACUCUUACUUUAUUGAUCGGGAUGGAACCUAUUUUAGACUUGUGCUGAACUAUUUGCGAGAUUUAAAGAUUCCUACUGGUGUAGCGAAUGAUCCAAAGAUCAUGGAUGAAUUAAUGCAGGAAGCCAGGUUUUAUAAAAUUGCUGAUUUACUCAAGCUAAAAUGGCAACGUUUACCCACACUCACGCAACAAGAACUACACGACUUAUACCCACUUCCAGCAAAUUCAUCUAGUUAUCAGCCCAUAAUACUCAAUCUGUCGAAGCGCAAUUUGGCUAACCUGGACUUCUCUGGUUACCAUAUUGAUCCACGCUCUGAUUUUUCACAUAGCAACUUGGAAAACGCUCGGUUUGACUGUACCAGAUUUGGUUUUGAUUUUGAUCGUCGGGUCAACUACAGGUAUGCGUACUUAGUCGGUGCUACUUUUCCAGAAAAAGGAACGGAAUAUCGGGGCUCAGGCAUUGAUUUUCUGUUGGAUGGCGCUAUAGUGAACGAACAUGACUUGUAUACAUAA